CAGAACCUUCCUUGAAAAGAGAACACUUGUCAUUAUCAAUUGCUCAUCCAUGCACCUGGGCAGCUGCCACCGCUCUUAUCAAAUCGACAAGCGGUGGGAUGACACUUUAUGUCCCUGCAUUUCUAAUUAAGUGCGUAAGCCACAGCAAUUGAGGGGAACCUAGGUACCUCUUAGUUAAACAGAAUUGAACUAUUUGAUGAUUCAGCUGAAUUAAGACUGUGGCCAGAUAUUCGGAACUAUUCAGCCUUUUAACCAACAUUUGGUCUCCUCCAAUCCUCUUCCCAAUUCGAGCUCCCUUCUACUCUAAAGGGACACAUAUGCUACUGUAGAAGAAUACAAAACGUCUUCCUCUACAUCUUGCAUUGACGGAAUUGUUUUCUUCCACUUUUCAUUAUUUUCACCUUAUCUAGCCGGUGUUAUAUCAUAGGUACGAUUUGCUAUUUUAGUAAAUUACAUCACCUACCGCAUUUCUAUUGUGCCUCCGUUUAGCUAGUAUUUGCGAACCGUCUUCUAGACGCAAAUUGCACCCGUUAAAGUGCCUAGCUAAUUGCAUCCUCACUUAGGCCCUUCGCCAUGUACUCGGCAUUCUUUCUCGGCCUUCUCGCGGCCGCAGGCGUCUCUGCAGAUGCUGCCUCAGACGUCACUCAACUAAACAAGGACACAUUCACUGACUUCAUUAAGGGAAAUGACCUUGUCCUAGCAGAGUUCUUCGCUCCCUGGUGCGGCCACUGCAAAGCUCUAGCACCCGAGUAUGAGGAGGCUGCUACUACUUUGAAGGAGAAGUCCAUCAAGUUAGCCAAGGUCGACUGCACAGAAGAGAGUGAGCUCUGCCAAACAUAUGGUGUCGAAGGUUACCCCACACUCAAGAUUUUCCGCGGUCUUGAGAGCAUCACCCCUUACACAGGCCAAAGGAAAGCUGGCGCAAUUACCUCCUACAUGAUCAAACAGUCCCUUCCCGCCGUUUCCCUCCUAACCUCUGAGACCCUCGAGGAUUUCAAGACUGCCGACAAGGUUGUCCUAGUUGCUUACAUCGACGCCUCUGACAAGGCAUCCAACGAAACCUACACUAAGAUUGCCGAGAAGUACAGGGAUUCUUACCUCUUCGGUGCCACAAACGAUGCUUCAUUAGCUGAGGCCGAGGGUGUCAAAUCUCCUGCUAUCAUCCUGUAUAAGCAGUUUGAUGAGGGCAAGGCCACCUUCACUGAGAAGUUCGAGGAUGAGGCCAUAGAGAAGUUUGCUAAGGUUGCCUCGACCCCCUUGAUUGGUGAGGUCGGCCCUGACACCUACUCUGGUUACAUGUCAGCCGGUCUUCCUCUUGCCUAUAUCUUCUCUGAGACUGCCGAGGAGCGCAAGACUCUUGGUGAUGCAUUAAAACCCAUCGCCGAGAAGUACCGCGGCAAGAUCAACUUCGCUACCAUCGACGCCUCUUCCUUCGGCGCUCAUGCCGGUAACCUCAACCUUAAGACUGACAAGUUCCCGUCUUUCGCGAUCCAGGAAACUGUUAAGAACCAGAAGUUCCCCUUUGACCAGGAGAAGGAGAUCACCCACGACACCAUUAGCGCGUUCGUUGAUGACUUCGCUUCCGGAAAGAUGGAGCCCAGCCUUAAGUCCGAGGAGAUCCCUGAGAAGCAAGAGGGUGCUGUCACCGUUGUUGUUGGCAAGUCGUACGAAUCCAUCGUCUUGGAUGACACCAAGGACGUUCUGAUUGAGUUCUACGCCCCAUGGUGUGGUCACUGCAAGGCUCUUGCCCCUAAGUACGAAGACCUUGCCUCCCUUUACGCCAACAGCGAAUUCAAGGACAAGGUUGUCAUCGCCAAGGUCGAUGCUACCGCCAACGACGUACCAGAUGAGAUCCAGGGUUUCCCUACCAUCAAGCUGUACCCCGCCGGUUCCAAGAGCAAGCCGGUCAACUACAGCGGUUCCCGAACCGUCGAGGAUCUGAUCAAGUUCGUUAAGGAGAACGGCAAGUACAAGGCUAGUGUUUCGGAGAAGAAGGAAGAGGAGACCCCUGUUGCCCCUGCCGCAACUGAGUCUACUAGCAGCGAGGCUGCCCAAGAGACCCACGACGAAUUGUAAACGUGGAGUAUGAGAACAAGCCAAGAAAAUUAGGUGUACAGUCAAUUUCUUUCUAGUUAUAUCGACCGAGCAAUUCUAAUGAGCCGGCACACUGGGGCAUCCUUGGGACUGGGAUAUAUGUUGACUUCAGGUAGUUCAGCAUAAGGUUCAUGAAUUUAUUGUUUGUUUGAUGAAAUGUAUUGUGUUGGUAAUGAAGAUGAAAUUAUAUGAAUUUACUAGUACACAUGAUGGAUUCAGUAGUGUUGGUGAGGUAUUUAUGUAUCUUUUGACGAACAUCAAAUGAAUAAAGAAUGGCCAACCAUGACGAUUAACUCUAAAA